AUGCCCCUUCCACCCAACAUUGUCUGCUCAGAGACGCGUCCGGCUCUCCAACCAAACAACGUUCCAGGAAUCCAACAGAUCAUUCAUCGCUUAAAGACCCGUCUUGCCUUGGCUAGAUUCAAGCACCAACAUGGUUACGAGCACUACGAUUUGGUUACCUUGGAGUCCAGUCUGCUAUCAAGUCUUCUCAAGUCCCGUCGGCGGCCAGUAAUGGUUCCUCAUCGCUACUACCCAUCCCAUCCAAAAUCCAAGCCAUUUGUUCGGUCUACGGCCUCUUUUGCACACGCGCCCACGCCGACCUGUAUUCGGUCCCCUUUAUCGGCCAAGCGUAAUACAUCACCGCGACCAUCCCUUUCAUCAGACGAUGAAGAUGCUGCGAAUCUAUUAGUAAUGCUUCAUCGAAUGGCCAGCUUGGAUAAAUAG